ACAAAUUAAAUUCUAAAAAUAAUUAAUUACUGAAAAGUGUUUACUAAUCAGUUUUAAGAUUGGUAGCACUGUAAGAAAAUUAAAUGGUUUUUGUGUAUCCAAUAGCAACGUAAACCUAACAAAACAUGUUUCAAUAACAUUGACUGACAGGGUUUUAUCUGAUACUUUUGUCUACCGUCACAAAUGGCUGCUCUACAGGAGGAUACAAUGGAUGAGACUCUGGGGCCCAAACAAAGAACGGGUGUCAGUGAAAUAGACCUUCAAAAACAGGACCAAGAGUUUAAGUUUCAAAGCCACGAAUCAUUUGGACCACAGGCAUAUCAAAUAAAACCUAGUUUAGAAGACAAAUUUAAGGAAAUUCCUGUGAAAGAAAUUAUUCGUGAUGUAGUCUCUGGUCAACUGGCUGGAAAGAAUUAUGAGGCUGACAAGGUGAAGAAGUGGACAAUAACAAUAGCUAAUGAUGUUAAUGAAAGGGUGAGAGGUCUACUAAUGACCAGAUAUCGGCACAUAGUGCAAGUAAUCAUUGGGGAAAUGAAAGGUGCAGGUGUCAGAACAGGAGCUAGGUGUAUUUGGGACUGUGAAUGUGAUGCAUAUACCAGUGAAGUUUUUAUGAAUGAUACAAUGUUUUGUUUGACAACAGUGUUUGCUGUAUAUUUGUACUGAACAGGAACAUAAUUUAAUUUUUAAUAUAUGAGAUUGUAAAUAUAAAUGUACUAAGUAGAAUAAAAGAAUUGUUUCUUUUUAAAA